CAUGGAGCUGACGUGGCACCCACCUCUCAUAUAAACGGAUCAAAAACAUCAACGAUACCAACACAACAUUUCCAACACUUCGUUUCCAAUGCCAACAAAGAAAGAAAACCUCUCUCUCUCUUAAGUAAUUUCUAAAAAAAAAAAAAAAACCCUACGAAUUGUCUCGCGCGUUUUUUCAUUUACUUGGUUUUUUGUUUGGUUGUUGAGAAAAUGCAAGAAAGUAAAGACGCUGGGAUCAAGUUGUUUGGUAAGAAGAUUCGUUUAACUGCUGAUGAGGAGAUUUCAACCAUCUCUGUUUAUGACUUUGACAAGACAAAGUCUGGGAACAGAGUAGUUGUAGUAGUAGAUGAAGAAAUGGAAGAAGAGGAACAGAAAGAGAAAACAGAGCAGGAUUCUUUAGCGGAAAAGACCUCUGAUACCAGACAAGAAGAUGACAUUCCUCCGAAUCGAGAGGAGUCAACAAAUCCUGAAACCUCACUGGAGUCUAACGUGAACCCCAAAACUCCCUCCAUUGAUGAAGAAACUGGAAAAUCAAAGACGGGCAAGGCUGAUAAAGAACAAAGUGAUGCUACCAAGCUACAAGAGAAAACACUUAAAAAGCCAGAUAAAAUACUUCCAUGCCCCCGCUGCAAUAGCAUGGAUACAAAGUUCUGUUAUUACAAUAAUUACAACAUCAAUCAACCUCGCCAUUUCUGCAAAGCCUGUCAAAGAUACUGGACUGCAGGUGGUACCAUGAGGAAUGUGCCAGUGGGAGCUGGGCGCCGCAAGAAUAAGAACUCUACCUCACAUUAUCGUCACAUCUCUAUCUCUGAGGCUCUUCAAGCAGCUCGAAUUGAUGCUCCUAAUGGAGCACUUCACCCUGCAUUAAAAAGCAAUGGCAGAGUACUUAGCUUUGGCCUAGAUGCACCCAUUUGUGAUUCCAUGGCUUCUGUCUUAAACCUUGGGGAGAAAAAGGUUCUGAAUGGUACCCGAAAUGGAUUUCAUGGUCUUGAAGAACACAAAAUUUCAGUUCCAUGCAGAGGGGAAAAUGGUGAUGAUUGCUCAAGUGGAUCUUCUAUCACAGUUUCAAACUCAAAUGAGGAAGGAGGUAGAAGUUGCGUUCAAGAAACAAUAAUGGGGAAUAUUAAUGGCUUCCCUUCCCCAAUUCCUUGUUUAGCUGGUGUUCCUUGGCCAUAUCCAUGGAAUUCUGCAGUGCCUCCACCUGCUUUUUGUCCAUCGGGAUUUCCUAUGUCAUUCUAUCCUGCUGCAGCUUAUUGGAACUGUGGUAUUCCAGGCACUUGGAACGUUCCUUGGUUGUCUCCCCAGUAUUCUACUUCUUCAAACCAGAAGGCUCCAUCCUGCAGUCCAAAUUCUCCAACACUGGGGAAACAUUCAAGGGAAGGGGACAUAGUUAAACUCGAUGAUUCAGAAAGAGAAAAGCCAUCCAAACAGAAGAAUGGAUGCGUUUUGGUUCCCAAAACUUUAAGGAUUGAUGAUCCAAGUGAAGCCGCAAAGAGUUCCAUAUGGGCGACACUUGGGAUUAAGAAUGAAUCACUUAGUAGGGGAGUGCUUUUCAAGGCCCUCCAACCAAAGAGUGAUGAAAAGAAUCAUAUAGCUGAAGCAUCACCAGUAUUGAGAGCAAACCCUGCAGCCUUGUCUAGAUCUCUCAACUUCCAUGAGAACUCUUGAACUGGUGGCGUGCUAGGUGCUUGAUAUAGGCCAGAAAAACUUUGAACCACUUACCAGAUCAGUUCGAUAACAAGCUUGCUAAAGAUAAAGAGUUAGACAGCUAAUUCAGAUGAAGACAGAGGAGGGUUUAAUGCUCUUUUUUUUUUUUUUCUCAGUAGGAUGAGAGAAGCUCGGGGAAACUAAUUCUCUUCUUGUAACAAUAUAAACAGUAACAGGUGCCUUUUGUUUUUACUUAGCUUGCUCAGUUUGUAUUCAUGUACACAUCUUUAUAUAUGUAAGAUAUUGUGAUGGAGUUGGAGAAAAAUCUUUACAUUUACCAAAUUCUAGAUGCACUGAACUAAAUUUUCAUACUGAAGCUGAAGUGUGGAAGUCUUUUUCCUCAUUAUCCAUACUGCUUUCUAUACUUCCCUUUGAGCCGAUCGGUAUUCCUUUCAUCUAUUGGAGCUGCUGAAAAGGGCAUCUAGAGAUGGAAGUAAGAGAAGGGACAGAUUUAUAAUAGACAGUGAAGAGAGAAACAAGGAAAUUUGUUCUAAUGGAAGGAUUCAAACUGCAGUUAAUUGUGGCUGAUGGUGCCAAAAGCUGAGCAACUGAUAA